AUGAACGAUCUUGGACGACGUGUGAAUAGCAUCAUUGUGAAAAAUUUACCGACGAAUUACAAUGAAAGCCAAUUGGAAGAGCUUUUUUCGAAAUUCGGUCGAAUAGUCUCCAGUAAAGUCUUACCCAGUAAUCCGAAUUUCGAUGGUGGCUGUGGUUUCGUGAAUUAUGCUGAAGCAGAAAGUUGUGCAAGAGCUGUUGAAGCGAUGAAUAAUUUCGUGAUCGAUCGUUUUACUCUACGUGUCAAUCAUUCAUCAACACGAAUGAAUGGUAGCAAUCCCGAACGACCACAAAACGGAUUUCAUACGAAUGGCGAAUCGACUGAUGAACGGAAUGGGACAUUGUCACCGAGUAUUCCAAGUCGAUUUAGUGGUUUUCGGUCUGCAAGUGCACGAUCAUCAACGAAUGCGACGCCAUCCAAACAAUUCAAUACCUCACCGAAUACAAAUGAGUCAGAAACAAUGAAUAAUAAUAAUAAACCAUUGUGGAAUGGCAUAGCCAAUGCACAACAAGCUCUUAAAAGUCCAUCGCAGAGUGAAUCAACAAUGACUGUUCGAGAGCACGAUUCAUUUAUGACAAACAAAACUUCUGUUGUUUACUUAUCGAAUCUCGAGGUGCCGAAUAUUAUAUUUGCUGCCACAGUAGAAGAUUAUGUAAAUGCGACAUUAUUAAUAACACAAAUGAAUAAACAUGAACAGUUGACUAAAGUUCAAGCUGAUGCUUACAAAUCAAAACUAUCUGAAGGGCAAUGGUGUGCAGCACUUUUUAACGGGGAUUGGUAUCGAGCUCGCGUUCUUGAAGUGGAAGAAAGUCGUGUUCGUGUGCAAUACAUCGAUUGGGGGAAUACAGGAUGGUGUGAUUCAAUUUUAGAAAUUCGUCCAUUACCAAAUGAAUACUAUAAAGAUCCUGUAUUAUGCGUCAAAUGUAUUUUGGACGGAAUACCUAUCGAUGUGAAACUAUCUGAUGAGCAAACCAAUGCUAUACUUGAUAUCCUUGUCCUGGACGUUAAACUUGAAAUGACUGUAUUACACAGUGAAAAUGGUAUUCCGUACAUUCAACUCAAUUUUGGUGAGCGAAAUUUAAAUUCAGAAAUUCUGGCGAUUUUACCAGCAUCGAUCCCACAAAAAUCCAGUCAAGUAGUAAACAGUAUCGAUUCGCAAAAAGCUGAAGUGUCAACAACUGAAAUUCAUUCUGUACAAUUAACAACUGUAGAUACCGAAUCUGAGUGCUUUCAUGUUCUAUUAAUACGAGAUUGUCUUCCGACGAUCAUGAAUGUACUCAAAGACUGGGACGCAAGUAAACAACCAUUGACAGCACAUCCGCAACCAAACACACUCAUCUGUGCUCAAUAUGAAGGUGAUGAUCUUUGGUACCGAGCAUGGAUUAAAAAUGUUAAUGAAACGGGCGUUGAUGUGUAUUUCGUUGAUUUUGGUAACGAAGAACUCGUUUCAUUUGCUCGGUUAAGUGAAUGUCCAGAUAUUUUACGAAAUAUUCCAUGGCAAAGUGUGCAAAUUCGUCUGGCGAAUAUCAAAUUAACCGAUGAUGAACGUUAUUUACUUUUAAGAGAUUUUGAGACGGAUCGACUGAAUAUGAAAAUUCUUUCUAAGGAUCAAGAUGUCUAUAUGGUGGAGCUAAAUCACAACGGCAAAUCUCUAACUGAAUAUAUGCUCGAUUUACGAAAGAAAAAAGAGCAACCUGCACAAAAAUCAGCAUUCACCAACGAAGUACCAAAACAAGUAGUUGAGCAAACGUUUUCAAGAGUAGACCCAGUGCCAUCGGUAACGAAAACUGAAACUUUCUCACAAGUAACGAACGAAAUCAAACGUUCAGAGUCACAAUCAGUGCAACCGUCUCUAAACGAAACAAAAUCAUUCACGCCGAUAAAUAACAAUAUAGACGUGCCAUCAUCAACAAUUACUUCCACAAAACCUCCAAGUACAUUGACGAAGACAGCACCUUUCAACGAUCAUACCAACGAAAAUCUAAUCACUAUGAUUACUGAACAACGUCGACAAAAUCGCUUACUUGAACAGGUUAUCGCUGCUGUUAAUACCACCAAUGCACUUCUCACUCAACUCGUUCAACGCUAG